UAUAAGCCCCGACCUUCCUCGGUCACUUUCCAAGUUCCAACAGACGGAUCAAAAUCAAAUAGCCCAAAAAUACUUCUCCAAGCAAAAUUCAUUCUUCCAAGUUCGAACCCCGGCGGCGAAUCUCCGCUCUGAUUACCGGUGAAGACGCGCUCUCUCAGAUAUCUGAAAGAUGUCCGGUCAAAGCCAGCGCUUGAAUGUGGUUCCAACUGUUACAAUGCUUGGAGUCAUGAAAGCUCGGCUUGUGGGUGCUACAAGAGGUCAUGCGCUUCUCAAGAAGAAGAGUGAUGCCCUAACUGUACAAUUUCGUCAGAUUCUUAAGAAGAUAGUAUCUACAAAAGAAUCAAUGGGAGACAUUAUGAAGACCUCUUCGUUUGCCCUAACUGAGGCUAAGUAUGUUGCUGGUGAGAACAUUAAACACAUUGUCCUUGAGAAUGUUCAAAAUGCUUCUCUUAAAGUUCGAUCCCGACAAGAGAAUGUUGCUGGGGUGAAGCUUCCCAAGUUUGAGUAUUUCACAGAAGGCGAGACCAAGAAUGAUCUGACUGGUUUGGCCAGAGGGGGACAACAGGUUCAACAGUGCCGUGCUGCCUAUGUGAAAGCAAUUGAGGUUCUAGUUGAGCUUGCUUCUCUUCAGACAUCAUUCUUAACACUUGAUGAGGCAAUCAAGACCACAAAUCGUAGAGUUAAUGCUUUAGAGAAUGUUGUGAAGCCAAGGUUGGAGAAUACGAUAAGUUACAUUAAGGGAGAGUUGGAUGAGCUUGAAAGGGAGGAUUUCUUCAGGUUGAAGAAGAUACAAGGUUAUAAGAAGAGGGAAAUAGAGAGACAGCUUGCUGCUGCCAAGCAGCAAGCUGAGGAUCAGUUUGCAGAGAAGGUUUCCUUGCAAAAAGGGGUUUCAAUCAACUCAGCUCACAAUUUGUUAUCUGCAGCCAUGGAGAAGGACGAAGAUAUUAUUUUUUAAUGAAGAGGCUAGUCUGUAUGUCCUUUCCUAGGAUCUGGUGCUUGUUUGAUGGUGAGGGAUUCCUUUAUUUAUUUAGGUGCUGUUCCGAAUAAAUGUUAUAUGUUAAUGUGUAUUAUUUAAUGAUCAGACAUUCACCAUUUCUUUUUUCUGACGGUAGACGUACAUCAUUUCAAGGCUCUCACAGUAUGCAUAUAGUUAUAAUCACCGUCUCUCAUGAGUGAGUCUGUAGGACCUACAACUUUGUUUACAGUGGAUUGCUGGUAAACAGUUGCUUGGUGUGCAUGCAGCGCGCACAUUUGUGCACCUGGGUGUACUUUUAUGUUGAGCUGUUGAUUAAUUUUCAGACCAUACAUUGUACCUGU